UUUGAAUAAAAUACCGCGUCAUUGUUGCCAACAGAAGUUGUUUUCUGUCAUUUAUAUGUGUGUGCAAAACAGGCACAUAUGCAUGUAUCACAUGCGAGCGCUAGAUAACAUUGAAGAGUGAAGAGUGAAGAGAAAAACACUCUGAAAAACAAGCAACAACAGCAGCAGAGCAGCACCAGAGACAAAUUGGAAAAAUUCAAUCCAGCACAAUAUAGUACAAAACCUGACCACCAUUUUUCUUAAUUCAAAAUGGCCGAAUAACUAAACGAAACGCAAACAUUGAUUAUUACUAUUUAUUAUUAUAUGAGUUCUGUAAACCAAACAACAAUAAAAAAGAGAACGCAUAAACUAAACAAAAGCGAAACAGUAGUAUUGUAAUAAAAAAUAAGGUUAAACAUUUAAGUGAAUGAAAUUGAAGCAAAUGCCAUAGAUAAAAUAUUUAUUUAUUAUAAAUCAUUGGUGUAAACGCCACUUCGAAAAUGUGAGAGAGAUGAAAAAUUGUUGACUUUUUUUUUAAUUCAUUCGUUCGUUUGUGUAUACAUACAAAAUUAAAUGAAUGUGAAUCAAUCAAGUUUUGUGUCUAUUUUUUGCUGUCCGCUAAUAUGAUGUCAAUGAAGCAUCUCAAUUUUUUCUGUGUAUUUUAAAAAUCAGCAUAUCUGUGUUUGCUAAGCUUGAAUCGCAAUCAUAUCAAGCAAAAAAAGGAAAUUGAUCAACUAUUUUAAUCAAAAAGUGAACAAAAUGAAAGAAUCAAUUUGCACAAUAGCAAAAGUAGCAGCACAACAACAAUAACAACAACAACAUCACCAUCAAAAUCAAUCCGACGAAAUUUUGUGAAAUAAAAGGUGCCACAAAAAUUGCAAUUAAGUGACGAAAAUAAAAAAAAAAUUAUACCGUCAAAAAUUACCGGGCUUAAAAUAAAGUCAUAAAAAUCUCAACGAAAGAAUAAAUCAUUUGUUUGCUUUAUUUUCGCAUUCAGUUCCAUUGUUUGCCCUUUGUGUAUAUAUUUUGUUCUUGAACGAUUAAAUGCGCAUAUACCGUGUGCGAGUGGAUGUAAAUAUUUGUGGGAAAAAAGGCAAGAAUUUAACGAGAGAGCCGAUUCAAAAAAGAAAAAAAUUCUGCGUAUAUACAUAUAAUCAUUCAAUGUUCAUGAAUAUGCGCUCGUGUGUUUCCAUCUAUAAAAUAUCGUUCUGUGCAUAUUCAGUUUGAUUCGGUUUGAUGUUUUAAACAGCCGUGACAAAAAAAAAAUUAUUCAUCGCCACUUAUGCAAUUAUGUGUCGCGCGACGCUGAUUAUUGGAAUAAUCGAGAAAUUUUCUUGCAAGCCAACUAAAUGAUUGAAUUGAAAUUAUCAAACAAGAGAAAAAUAAAAUGGGACGUUCAAAAUUCCCAGGCAAACCGUCAAAAUUAGUGACUAAAAAGCGUGUCAGUGUUUUGAAUGGAAAUAACAUCAAUGGUAGUAAUAAUAGCAUUAGCAGUGGUAGUAGUCAAAAUGUAGCCAUAGUAUCAUUUGGUGCAGUGAGCUGUGCCAUUAACGAUGCAAGCAAUGAUAUCGACGCCGAUGCUGAAACACAGAAUAUUGCCGUCGAACAACAAUCGAACAAUAAUAUUGAACCGGAUAGUGAUAUAGCUUUAAGAUCAACAGCCGCUAAAUGUGAUGUUGUUCAGGCGAAUAAGUCGAAAGAAUCUCAGUUAAAUAAUGCGAAUGAGAAUGGGGUAUCAGAAGAUGGGUCAAGUAAAAAGCCGACAAAAAAGAAGAAAGUAUCUUUUAAAUUCGGCUUUGAGACAGGUGAUGAUGCGCACAUUGUUAAAAAGGAACCGACCAGAACGUUCGAUCCGCCUGUAUCAAUAAUUAAAAAAGAAUGCUUACCACCAGCCAUUCGAAUUGCACGCGGAGAGCCGUUUCUUAUGCCAUCGCGAUUAACAGGAUUGACGAAAAAUCAAGACCUAAACAAACUUGAUAAUGUUAAUUCGUUAACAUUCAAAUCACAUUUCGCUAAAUGUAAACAGACUAGAGACGAAAAUGUGACAAGUAACGAUGAGGAUCAAAUUGAUGUUGGGAGUAAAAGCAGUGAGAGUAGCCAUUCUGAAAACAGCGAUGAAGAGACUAGCCACAGUAAAAAAGAAGAAGCCAUCACACAUAAUGAGGAGAAAUCAAAGGCAGUUGCAUUUCAAUUACCGAAGCGCAGUGCGCAUUCAAGUCGUGUCAUAAAACCAAACAAACGAUUUACCGAUGAUUCAAAAACGACCAACAAUAAGAAUGGUUUUGGUAAAAAGAAAGGUUCUAAUUUUGAAACUGAAACGGAUACAGUUGAAGCAAACAAAAAAGAAGAUGAUGACAAUGUACUGAAAAUUUCUGAUCACAUAAAAAAUAAUCCCUUUGCCAAAAUCAACGAUGAUUCACCAUUUGGUUGUUCGUCAAUGUCGAUACUAAGACAGUCUCGCUUACAAUUUGCAUCAGUCUUAAAACCAACUUCAACAAUAACAAAUACAUCGAUUGUGUCGGCAACCAACAAGGAAAGUCUAUUUUCAUCGAGUUUGUCGGGCAAUAGCUUAAAUUGUAAUUCCAUCCCACUAUCAAAUGCAGUAUGUGGGGUUUGUGCGACGCCAGCAGCAAUUACACAUCAGACGCGCAAAUAUGGAAUCAGCUCCUGCGAAUCAUGCAGAAAAUUUAUAUCGAAAACAGUAAAACGACUAACACCAUCGGAUGAAAAAUCACCGGCAGAAGUGUUUCAAUGUAAAAAAGGAGAUGGCAACUGUGUAAUCAGUGUACGAAGUUUUAAAGCAUCAAAAAAGAGAUGUCAAGCAUGUUUACUAAAAAAAUGUCUUCAAACUUACAAGUUGCCAUCGGAAAUUCGAUCACGAAUUCAAGGAUUAUUGCCUCCCAGCAUGAGAAAUGGUGAAAUUAAAUCAUUUUCAACAACUUUCCAGCUGAAAACCGAGAGCAACAAUACAGAUCCAUUAUCACCGAAAUCAAGUGGGCUUAAUAACUUGUUUGGUAGUUCACUGUCUUCGUGUCGACGAUUAGUACCAACUUGGCCAUCAAUGAAGGAUAGCACCGAAAACACAGAGUUCCGUUCGUUUAAUUCGCUGAGUAAUCCGCUCGCUGAAAACAACUCCAAGUUUGGCAGUUCACCGCAAAUUGUUCCAAAUAUUUUGGAGAAACCAACAAUUAUGGCGGGAAGUCUAAAUUCAGCCAUCUCUCCAAAUGGUGCGCUCAAUAAAAAGACACCUGAGCUCAAGGAAUCAUCAAAGUCACCACCAUCAACUCAAGCCGAACCAAUAAGUACGUCAAAGAGCAAAAGUACACCAAUUUCCAACGGAACAACUACAGAACAAGAAGAAACAUCUCGAUUACGCUUGAGAAAGAAAGAUCGUGUUGAACCAUCGACAACAACACUAACAAUAACAACAACAUCAACAUCAACAAUAACAUCGACUCUGGCACAAGCCGUUACCGUUACAACGGCAGGUAGUGAGCUUGCAACUCGACAACGAAUCGAUUUGAAAGGACCGCGAGUUAAACGUGUAUGUCGAAGUGCAUCAAUUGUUCUUGGGCAACCAAUUGCAACGUUUGGCGAUGAAAAUCAAAUCCUCGAUACAUUGGACACACCACCCCGACCCGAAUCACCAAACGGUAUUGUUGAUUUCCAUGAUCCGGCAACAUCAAUAUGUGGCACUCAAACUGACAAACACAAUGAUCAAAAUGAAUGUGCCGAUAGCACACGUCUGAGUCCACCAGCAACGCCAAUCAUUAAUGAUUAUGACAGUGAGUCGACAUCAACGAAAGAGCAGUUAGGUGAAAAAUCACCAGGUGAAAAUAGUAAAUCGGAUGAUGUAAGUGUGACAUCUGUUGAAAGUUUGAAACGAAAUGAAGAGAGCAAACCAGUAGUGACACGGAAAUUAUCGCGACCGAACAAUUUGGCAUCGAACAGUAUUACUGCGGUAAACAGCAAAAAAUUAAAUUCAUUCAUACGCAAACCAAUUCAAAAACCGGCUCCAAAGAAUUCACCGCCAAUGAUAUCGAUUGAUUUUUGGGAAAAUUACGAUCCAGCUGAAGUGAGCCAGAAUGGAUUCGGUUUGAUUUUUUCCGAAGACAUUCAGAUUAGCGCAGCUUGUUUCUUGUGCGGUAGCCAAGGCCAAGAACCAUUGAUAUUUUGCUCUAGCUGUUGUGAACCAUAUCAUUUGUAUUGUGUUGAAGAUGAAUACAAUUUAAAGCAGCACGUAUCGCUCGAUGAUACAAAUGUCAGUUUAUUGGAUGCCAGUAUGAUAAGUGGCAUUGGUUCAGAUGCCCUAAACUCACCGGCAAGUCGAUUGAAUUGGUCGUGUCCCCGUUGCACAAUAUGUCAUUCGUGUCGUGUGCAAUACGGAUCAAAGGUUAAGUGUCAAAAAUGUCAUAAAAACUAUCACUCAACGUGUCUGGGCACAAGCAAACGUCUAUUGGGAGCAGAUCGACCGCUAAUUUGUGCUAGCUGUUUGAAAUGCAAGAGUUGCGGUACAACAACCGUUUCAAAAUUUGUUGGAAAUUUGCCAAUGUGCUCGCAAUGUUUUAAGCUUAGGCAAAAAGGAAGUUUUUGUCCGUUGUGUCAAAGAUGUUACGAAGACAAUGACUUUAACAUUAAAAUGAUGGAGUGCGGCGAUUGUCAUCGGUGGGUGCAUUCAAAAUGUGAGGGUUUAACCGACGAACAAUACAAUUUACUGAGUGUUUUGCCAGAAAAUAUCGAAUUUAUUUGCCGAAAGUGUGCAAAAACCAAUCCAACAGCAUCAACAUGGCGAGAUGCUGUACUGGCCGAACUUAAAACGGGCCUGUUAAGUGUUGUCAAACAGUUGAGCAAGAGUCGACAAGCAUGUGCUUUGUUAAAAUUGAGUCCACGCAAAAAACCAUCAAUGUGUCGCUUCUGCGUACAGAAAGCACAACAAAGUGAAAAUCAUGAAUACGAAUUGGACGACAAACUUGACGAUCCAUUUGAUUUUGCAGCAUCACAAAUACGAGACGAAAUGAAUUGCUUGCCCGCAGCAAAAUGUUAUUGCAGCACAUCUCUCACACAAAAGCCAAAUACAUCACAAAGUUUGAUUGACAUUAAACAAAAAAUUCUUACGAAAAAAUACUAUUCGCUGGCUGAUUUCAAUUAUGAUAUGAAUGUGGUAAUAAAUGCAGCUGCAUGUGACGAUUUGAUGACAGCCUACAAAGAAAUCCUAAGCGAAGCAUUUCCAUGGUUUCAAAAUGAAACGAAAGCCUGCACCGAUGCAUUGGUCGAAGAUAUGUAUGACUCGUGUAAUUUUGAUCAUUCAACGAUAGAAAAUGAUGAAAUUGAUCAACAAGUUCCUAUGAUCGAUGUUCCCGGUGACAUCGAUGAGUAUUUCUAUCAGCCUGUGCCAUCCAACGAUACAAGAUCGUGUAUGUUUUGUAAGGGAUGCGGAGACGGUGCUUCAAUAAAUGAAUCUCGUUUAUUAUAUUGUGGCCAAAAUACUUGGGUGCAUGCUAAUUGUGCCAUGUGGUCGGCAGAAGUCUUUGAAGAAAUUGAUGGAUCGCUACAAAAUGUUCACGGCGCCAUUUCACGUGGACGAAUGAUUAAGUGCAGUGAAUGUGGAAAUAAAGGUGCAACUGUUGGUUGCAAUGUACGAAAUUGUGGUGAACAUUAUCAUUUUCCAUGUGCACGAAAAGCUGAUUGUGCAUUCAUGACAGAUAAAACUGUAUUUUGUCCACAACACUCAAAAAAUGUUACAACUGAUGGUAAAGUGUCAAUUGAAACAAAUUUCGAAGUAUCACGUCCAGUUUAUGUGGAAUUGGAUCGAAAGCGACGGCGACCGGUAUGUCCAAAGAAAGUACAGUUUUUGAUUGGUUCGUUGCAUGUUAAACAACUCGGAAGAUUUGUGAAUGUACUUUCCGAUUUUGAUGACUUCAUCGUGCCAGCCGAUUUUCUAUGCUCACGUUGGUAUUGGUCAACAAAAGAACCUUGGAAAAUUGUUGAAUACACGAUUCGUACAUCGGUUCAAAGUAAUUUAAAUAUUGCAACGGAUGCAGGACGCAAUUUUACUGUUGAUCAUUCGAACAGUUUGAGCAAAGUUCAAAUUGGUUUGGCUAAAAUAGCAAAAUGGCAUUCGAGUUUAUUGAAUGGCGAUGAAAAUGAUGGCUGUCAACGGCCAGAAAGAUCUCUAAAACUAGUUAAUGGUCACAGCGAGGAAACAAAUGAGGAUGAACCACAAACUAAUGUUUUGCCACCUGAAAUCCAAGAUGCUAUAUUGGAAGACAUACCACUUGAUAUACUCAAUGUAUUUUCAAUGCUUGAUAUAUUCCCAGAGGAUAUGGCGGCUACAGCUGACACCAAAAAUGAAGCAAUAAUUAAUUCCGAUCUAUUACGCGACAAUACAACAGACGACGAUUUUAGUCAAGGCAGUCAAAAAGGUUUCGACAUUGAUAGCUGGACCAGUGUAAAUCUGCAUGCAGAAGAUGCAAUGUUAUCGGCACGUUCAGCGGCCGGUCAAGUUCAUCUGAAACGCAACAAAUCUGAUCUAUUUACACAAAAUGCUCUUGGGAAUCGUGGGCAACGCACUUGGGAAAAUGCAUUGGAUUCAACAAUUUGUGCGAAACGUCGAAAGAUUUUCCUUACACUCGGUAGACGAAAAGAGGAAAUCUCCAACAAUUACAAUGAAAUCAAGAGAUUACAGUCUGAAGAAAUAAAGAACAAAUUCACAUGGGAGGCAGCGAAAAAAAUUUGCCAGCUAAAUAAUGACACACAACAGCAGCAGCAGCAACAACAACAACACCAAAAGAAUAAUACUGCUUUGAAGAAUAGCUUUAAAAUUCCACAAUCGGAUGGUAUGGAUGAUGAGGUAUGCGAUCGUUGUCAUUGCACAUAUCGUUCACGAGACGCGUAUCAACGACAUUUACCAACAUGUGAGACAUUUUUAUCAACGAAUGAAAGUGAUUCGGAUGCCACGUCAAAAUCGCCCGAAAUUCAGCAAGCCAUUCAAUCAAAUAUGAUUUUGACUUCAAUGAAUGGACAAGAUUACUGUAACAUACCGAUUUUACAACAGAAUAAUCAAAGCCAACAAAUUUUCGGAAUAAGCGGUGCUAACAUUAAUCAGCUUGCCAUGCAAAAUUCCGUACAAAUUCACAACGGUCAAUCCCUACCAAUCGCUUCAAUUCAAAAUGGAUCAUUGCCGGUCCAAAUGCAAGGAAUGUUCAUCAAUCCAAACACGACUACCAUUCAGCCACAGCAAUCGCAAAUCUUUGGCCAACAACUUACACUCGGUGCCCUUCAACAGCCCGUAUUCAGUCCGAUUCAAAAUAUUGCACAAAACGUCACAUCACAAAAUAUUCAGUAUCAACCACAUAUUAUUACAUGUUCAGCGGCAAAUACAUCACAAGUGCUAACGGUGACACCAUCGCAACAACAAAAUAUUACAACCUCAAAUUAUGCUUCGAUAAAAACUAUACAAACUCAACCUCAAGUUAAUAGAAAUGCUAUCAUCUUGCCACAGGCCGAUAAAAAUUCACCUACCAAAAAGCAAGCAAUUGCCAAACUUCAAAUGUCACCAACACGAGCAAAGGGACGAAUUGCUACAACUGCUGCACAAAAAACAAUUCAAAUCAAGAAAUCAAAUAUGAUUAAAACUGAAAAUAACAAAACCGUAGCACAAAUUACCAACACAAGUGUGACAAAUAUUCGACCAACGAGCACGACACAAAUGGAUAACAAUAAUAUUAUGAUUCAGUCAACAAAUCCAACGCAAUCGCAACCGAUUAUCAUGCAACAAGUGGCACAAGCAAAUCAAGGAAAUCUACUUCAAUAUGUAGCCACAUCUGAUUCUAAUAACGGCCUACAAUAUUUCACGAUGCCCACAAAUGAUGUUAAACCAAUGCAAACCACCCAAUACUUGACACCGAAUCCAUUGAUUCCCGGAACAUUUCAACUGCAAAGUGACAAUAGCAAUUUACUUCUGGCUAAUACAGCAUCUGGAUUGCAAGUUCUACCAAAUGGAACAUUACAAUUGGCGCAAUCCCAGCAACCGCAGGUCAUUGGCACGUUAAUUCAACCACAAGCAACCACAAUUCAAUGUGGAAUGAUGUCAAGUGAGCAAAUGGUUUUGGGUGCAACACCAUCAUUUGAAAUGGUCACAAAUCCAUUACAAGCAGGUUGCAUGCUACUAAAUAGUCAACCAGUUUAUUAUGGAUUGGAAACUAUUGUACAAAAUACAGUUAUGCAAUCGCAACAAUUUGUUUCGACUGCAAUGCAAGGUGUACUCAGUCAAAAUUCCAGCUUCUCGGCCACAACCACGCAAGUAUUUCAGGCUAGUAAAAUCGAACCCAUUAUGGAUAUGCAGCAAAGUUAUGUUGUACUGAAUAACGAUGGCACAAUAAUGACACCUCAAUCACAGCAACCGAUUUUAACAACGGCCAAUUUAUUGCAACAAGCUAUUCCACAAAUGUCAAAUCAAACGUCACAAAUUCAACCGGCUGCCAAUACGGGCGGAUGGCGAAUUAUUGACGCAAACGAUAAGGCAACAGUAUUCUCGACGAAUCAGAAUGCCACAAUUUUGCAGCCGCAAUCACAAGCAAACGUACAACCAUUGCAAACAAACACCACAACAACGGUUAAUAUUCAACAUCCUAUGACGGCACAACAACAACCACAACAACAACAACAACAACAACAGCAGCAGCAGGUUUCAACAGUCACACCACAGCCAGUAGUUCAAUUACAAAAGGUUCAGCCCCAAAAACAAGUGACCAAACAACGUCAACCAAAACAAACAUACAGCGCAAAAACAAUGAACAAACCAACAUUAAAAUCAUCACCAAUUAUUGUAAAUGAAAUUCAGACAAUGUCACAAAAUGAUGUUAAACCAGUUAUCAAUAUAAAUUCAAAGCCAAUUGAAACGAAGAUCGAAAUUGGUAGUCCGAAAACUCCUAUGAUCACCACAUCGUCUGGAAAUGAUGUGAAAAUGUCGUCAAAGGUUGUUCCGCCAAUAGUAACACAGCGCAAAUUAAACACUACCAAGUCAAUUGCCAGUGGGGUUAAGGUUUCAGCGGCAACAGUAAAACCAAAAAUUGUCGGAAAAACAUUAAAACAAUCGAAUGCACAAAAUAUUCAGAAACCAUUGAUAAGUGUGUCAACAUCCAAUGCACCAUUAUCAACAACAACAUUACCACUACAGACAUUUACAAUAACUACGGCAAAGCCUACACUGCAAAAUAUUAAUACCGAACUAGAUCUUCAGCUGAAACCAAUCGUUAUUCCAAAAUCUCCAUUGCCCAUUUUGAGCAAUGAACCAUUGUCAAAUGAAAACAACAUGAUUAUCGAUGGAAAAAUGAGCAUCACAAAUACCAUUCCUAAGAUUAAUACUUCGAUUGCAUCACCAAUGCAACAGAGUCCAACAAUAUCAAGUACUGGAAAUCAAUUUGGUGAACAAUCACCGAACAAUUUACAAUCGUCACAAUUGAGUUCGACUUUGUCGCCAACCAAUGAUGCACCAAAACUAACUGCAGCCCAAUUCACUUCAAACUCAAGCAAUCAAACCCACAUCACUUUACCAUUGUCACAUUGCAUUCAAUUGCCGACAGCUCCAUAUGCAAACGGCAUUCCAACGAACGUUAACGUAGUUAAUCCAAUCCAACAAUACACCCAUACAAAUACUCGUCCCACGAAUCGGGUUUUACCAAUGCAAACCAUUUUGCCGAAAUGCUCACCAACCGAAAGCAUCGAAACAAAACCAAACGAUAUUAAAUUGAAUCUAUUGAAACUCGAUUCGAAUGAUAGGCAAAAGAAAACACCAAAGAAUACAGACUUUAUGCCAACUUCAAGUGGCAACACCACACCUGAAAUAAAGCUUAAGGAUGAUUCAUCUCGAAUGGACGAUGAUAUGGAAGUGGAUUCAACUGGAACCGGAGCUCUUGAAAUCGAUGAAGAUCAAAUUAGCGAUUUUAAAAUUGAAAAAAUGGAUGAAGACGAUAGCGACAAUUCAUCGGAUAUGGAUGCAUUCAAAGAUUCAUUCCCGACAGGUAGUUCGGCCGAAGAAGUAUUCGAUAAGCUUAAAAAAGAGGAACAAGAAAAGCAAACGGAAAAUAUGGUAAAAGAAAAUAUUUCGAAAAUCAUUGAAAAGUUUGAAUGUGAUGAAAAAUCCAGUAUUGAAGAGGAAGAUGAUCUAUUUACAUUGGCAGAAGUAGAUGUUCCUAGCGAUGAUAUAACAGCUGUUGUAUCGGAUAAUACCAAUGAAACUGAGACGGGAAUGCCAACCUGCGAUGAAAUCGUUCAAGAUCAAAAAGAGAAUGUAAAUCCGAUUUCAAUGCCAUUGACUCAAAGCUUUCCAACAAUAAAAAUGCAAAAACCUCCCAAAGAAUUGAAUGUUUCGAAAAUAACCGGUCCACGAUUGUUGUACGAAAUUCAAUCUCAAGAUGGAUUCACCUAUAAAUCGACAUCAAUUACUGAAAUUUGGGAGAAAUUAUUUGAAGCCGUUCAAAUUGCACGUAAAGCGCAUGGACUAUCACCAUUGCCAGUAGGUCCGUUGGCUGACAUGUGUGGCCAUCAAAUGAUGGGUUUGAAAACGAAUGCUUUAAAAUACUUAUUGGAACAAUUGCCCGGCGUUGAACGUUGUUCAAAAUAUACACCAAUUUAUCACAAACGGGCCGAGAGCACUGUAUCGCAAACAUCUUCAUCUGGAUAUUGGUCCGAUUGCGAAGAAAUCAAAGAGAAUGCUAGUGGAACGGCUCGUUGUGAAAAGUAUAAAGGACGAUCGGAAUACGAUAUGUUCAGUUGGCUUGCGUCACGACAUCGCAAACAACCAAUUCAAAUCUGUGUCCCACAAAGUGGAGUGGAAACGGAAACCAUAGUUCGUCGUGGAAGCGGUAGCAGUUUACCAAAGGCAAUGCGUUAUCGAACACUCAAGGAUACGUACAAAGAUUCGGUUGGAGUUUAUCGCUCACAAAUUCAUGGUCGCGGUCUGUUUUGUAAUAGAGAUAUUGAAGCAGGCGAAAUGGUUAUUGAGUAUGCAGGUGAACUUAUACGCUCAUCUUUAACCGAUAAACGUGAACGAUAUUAUGACAGUCGUGGUAUUGGUUGUUACAUGUUUAAAAUUGACGAUAAGUCAGUUGUGGAUGCAACGAUGCGUGGAAACGCAGCCCGUUUCAUAAACCAUUCAUGCGAGCCAAAUUGCUAUUCGAAAGUCGUUGAUAUUCUUGGUCACAAGCACAUAAUCAUAUUUGCACUGCGUCGCAUUGUCCAAGGUGAAGAGUUGACUUAUGACUACAAAUUUCCAUUUGAAGAAACCAAAAUUCCGUGCUCUUGUGGAUCUCGAAAAUGCCGCAAAUAUUUGAAUUAAAUGGAAACCAAUGAAGUGCAUCAAAUUAUCCACAGGUUUUGAUUCGACUGAAAACUCUGUUCUUCAUUUUUUUUUUUUUACAAAAUCAGUCCUUUCAAAAAGAAGAGAAUUGAAAUCAGUAUCAUCAGUAUUUUGUAGAAAGUAAAAUUUGCAAAGAAAUGCAAAUUAAUCCAAAUUCUGGAAGAUUUCAUUUGAAAUUGUAUGACACCAGACAUUGUACAGAUCCCUGUGACAUUAACGAAAACAAUUCGCAACGAUAUUUUUCUAUCAAAUUUAUUUAUGAAAAAUCAGAAGAAAAAAAACAGAAUGUUAUGUUUCCUUUCGAAAUUCUCUGAGGUAGAGCCUCCGAAUGGGAGGUUAAGUCAUUAUAUAUCUUUGUCCCAUGAUAAUAUUAAUUUAUUUUAGAUAUUUACAAACUAUGUUUUUUUACUUAUAGUACGUAUAUUUUUCUUUGUAAUUGGAUAAGUUUUUUUUUAAAUAACAUAUUUGGCUUUGAUUGAAGUAAUAUCGAUUCGAAGUCAUUUUUUUUUUGCAUGUACUGUCACGCUUUGAUGAAGAUAUUGGCAAAAAGAAAAUUUGAUAAUUACAUUUCAUAUGUAUAAUGCGCCUAAUGCAUCGCUCCAAUGCAGUUUAUAGAGAGAAUUUUUGGAUAGUAGCCAAUGAUAACAAUGUAAAUAUUCACAUGUUCCAUGUAUUUAUAUGAAGAAAAAAAUGUGUAUUACAGGUAGCCCAGUUUUUUAGAAUUAGUACAUUACUGGCUGCUUAAAGAAAACAUUUUAGAAUAUCUGUGUGUUUGUAUAUCUAUGAUCAAAAACUAAACUUAAAUUAUUAUUCUUACCAAUAAAGUAAUAAAGUUCAAUUUUAUUGCAAUCUCUUCAAAACACAUUAAA